CUUUCCCGGGGCCCGGCGGCGGAGCUCCAGCGGCUGAGGCGGGCGGGUCCAGAGUCGUCGCUCGGCCAGGCCCAGCGGCCCCGGCCAUGGAGUCCUACGAUAUCAUCGCCAACCAGCCCGUCGUCAUUGACAACGGUUCAGGAGUAGUUAAAGCUGGUUUUGCUGGAGAUCAGAUUCCAAAGUACUGCUUCCCAAACUAUGUGGGCCGCCCGAAGCAUGUUCGCGUUAUGGCUGGAGCACUCGAAGGAGAUCUCUUCAUUGGACCGAAAGCAGAGGAACACCGAGGAUUGUUAUCCAUCCGGUACCCCAUGGAGCAUGGCAUUGUCCGGGACUGGAACGACAUGGAGAGAAUCUGGCAGUACGUUUAUUCCAAAGACCAGUUGCAGACAUUUUCAGAAGAGCAUCCUGUUCUCUUGACAGAAGCCCCCCUAAACCCUAGCAAAAACCGGGAAAAGGCUGCCGAAGUUUUCUUUGAGACUUUCAACGUCCCUGCACUCUUCAUCUCCAUGCAAGCUGUCCUCAGUCUUUAUGCCACAGGCCGCACCACGGGAGUCGUGCUCGAUGCUGGCGACGGCGUGACACAUGCAGUGCCCAUCUACGAGGGCUUUGCCAUGCCUCACUCCAUUAUGCGGGUCGACAUUGCCGGGCGGGAUGUAUCCCGCUACCUCCGCUUGCUGCUACGGAAAGAGGGCUAUGACUUCCACACCUCGGCCGAGUUUGAAGUGGUCAAGACAAUAAAAGAGAGAGCUUGCUACCUGUCCAUCAACCCUCAGAAGGAUGAAGCCCUUGAGACAGAGAAGGUGCAGUACACGCUGCCUGACGGAAGCACUUUAGAUGUUGGCCCAUCCCGAUUCCGAGCUCCUGAGCUGCUUUUCCAACCGGACCUAAUAGGAGACGAGAGCGAAGGGAUCCACGAAGUGUUGGUGUUCGCCAUUCAGAAAUCGGACAUGGACCUGAGGCGGACGCUGUUUGGGAACAUUGUCCUGUCUGGAGGGUCUACGCUCUUCAAAGGUUUCGGGGACCGACUGCUCAACGAAGUGAAGAAACUCGCUCCGAAGGAUGUCAAGAUCAAGAUUUCGGCUCCUCAGGAGAGAUUAUACUCAACGUGGAUUGGGGGCUCCAUCCUGGCCUCGCUGGACACCUUCAAGAAGAUGUGGGUCUCCAAGAAGGAAUACGAGGAAGACGGCUCCAGGGCCAUUCAUCGAAAGACUUUCUAGGGCAGGGAGGGGUGGCAGCAGGAGGAAGCCACAGCUGGGGUCGUCUCUCUUCCCUCAUGAUCUUUUCUUGUCCAGGGCUGCUUCCUUCCUUCCUUCCCCUUUUCUUUCUUUCCUUCCUUCCUUCCUCUUUUCUUUCUUUCCUUCCUUCCC